AAUGCGGCUUCGCAUAUUUGGAAUCAUACUACAACAAAUCCUGAACAAUUUUCAAUUUACUUCAACACUGAGCCUUCGUUAUAUUUCUGUAUAAUUUACGUUUGAGUGAGUGAGUCUUCAUUAUCUUUAUUUGUGUGUGUGUAUACAAUACGAUCCUGUGUCUACACAUUAUUAAUUCUUACGCCUACUGUACACUACAGUACAACAGUGUAAGAGUAAGUCUGUAAGUGUAACCCCAGAAGGCGGAUCAGUUCAGCGAGACAUUUUCAGUUGCUGGCAAGUUCUGUAGAGUUUUGAGUUGAUCAUUGAAAUUUACUUAAUUUGAUACCAUCAUAUCAGUACAGUCCUAGUUUAACUCAAUGAUCAGUGAAGCUCUUAACUUUUUGUAGUCUAGUUAAUAAUAAUUAAUUAAUUAAUUAUAAAUUAUAGCCAUUAUAGUUAUAGAGAUGAACAUGCCUUACUCUUACACUUACAUGCCUACAUGCUUACUAUUAAAAUUAAAGUCAAUUAUAAAUGAUUAUUUUAAUUAGUGAAAUUAGUAAUUAGUAUUGAUACCAAUUAACACUGUUUAAAUUUAAUAUUAAUAAGGUAAGAUAUGAUUAAGAUAAGAAUAUUUUAUAUUUUAUUUAUUGAGAAAAGUUUUUGUUACACUGAAGUAAGUUACACUUACACUGUACAUAAUCAUAUGGUCAUAGACAUAUUCAAGUAUUUCUCACUCAAGUGUAAAAACAGCAUUCCUCAGAACAGCAGUCCCAAAUUGAAAAUAGAAUACUAAAAAAAAUACUAUUAGAUUUUGUCCGGCUACCAGCCACCGAAAUUGGUGACUGUAAAGUAUUUUUCAUUUUUUAAUUUAAGAUCGUGAUCUUCAUCAGCCUCCUCAGGCACUUCAUCAUCUCCUAAAGAAAAAAAAUAAAGAAAAAGAAAAGAUUAAGAAAAAAAAAAAGAUAAAUGCAAGAGAAAAACAAAAGUCAUCUGUGUUGAAUUGCUGUUUUAUAUGAGAUGGUUUUCAGCACGUCCAACUAACCGAAGCAUUCAGUGCCUUCAGCAUAGUGUACUUUUAAGUUUGUAGAAUGUUUUAUGGUAAAACAUUAUUUGAAAUAUGAACUGGUGCUUGCUGUCUGCCAUCCAUGGUAUUGUUUACUGUUUACAAGCAAAAAUUAGUCUGCAAACAAAACUUGAAGUAAAAAACUGUGUGACAAAUUAUCGACAGCUAUUAGGCUGGCAGCCAGACACUUUCUAACGAAAGUAUUCUAUUUUUAAUUUAGGACCGCCGUUUUGAGGAGUGCCAUAAAUUGUAAUACUUGGUACCGGAUGUACAUUUUAUUUUAUUUUUUAAUAUUUUUUUUUAUCAUUUAGAUUAUCACAAUCCCCAUUCAGUUGAAAAUUGAAUGAAAACAUAAAAGUAUAAUUAUUUAGUUAUUAACUUGUAUUUACCAGUUGCAGGCAGUUUAAAAAAAUUGUAAUGUGUUCUAAUUGCAAUAUUUUCAGAAAGCCUCUUUGAAAAAAUCCCACCAUCAAAAGAUGCCUUCAAUUGAGGUUCUUCCAGAUACUUAUCCUGAAGUAAAUAAUUCCAGCAACAAGCUAAUAAUUGAAAAUAAAACAGCUAAUCUUCCAAAUAGUUUGAAUAUUCAGUCACCGCCUCUGAUUACAGAACUUCCAAUAAAUAAAACUGAACAAUUUUCGGAGAUAACAGACAAUGAAAUCCAAAUCAAUUCAGGUGACAAUUUAAAUUCAGGGAAAUUAAAUAUUUAAACAAAUAUUUAAAUUUCAAAAUAUGUAAGCCGAUUUUUUAUAAUGUUAUUUUUUAAAUUCUGCAUCUUAUUCUACACAUUCAAUAUUCAAUUACCUGACUACUAUCAGGUAAUGUUAAUUAGAGACAUAAUAAGAUUUUAUGAUGAUAAAAAUUGAUAUGGAGUAUGGAGAAUAUUUUAAAAUUUCCAAAUAACAAAAAAAUAUAAUAAUUAUGGAACUCAUUCUGCAAUAUAAAUAUAAGUUUUUAUUAAUUGCUUUAUUGUGCUUGAUUUAUAUCUACAGCUCUAAUGCUCUGUAUAAGUCUCAAAAUUGUAGCUUCUUAAAUUGUUUUACAGAAACUAUUUUAAUAUCAACCAAUCUUGACAAUGGGAAGAAAAAUGAAGAAGCAAAUAAAGAAAAAGAAACCACUGCUCACAAAUACCCCAGGUAAUUUUGCUGUGCUAUUUUUCCUUAUCAUAUUGAACUAUUUAACGAAAUUUAAAAUAGCCUCUGAGUUUUCUUCAUUCUGUAUUUCUUAAAAUUUAAACUUUCUAAUACUUUUAUUUAAUGAAGUUUAAAAUGGCAUAUCGCUAAUCAGUAAAUGAAAUAUUGCUGUACAAUGGUAAAUGAAUAUUAAAUGCUGAAUUUUAAUUCAUACUUUCUUUUAAUUAAUCUUGUGUCAAAGUGGUUGAAAUAAAGUAUUCUUUUUAUUUCAGUGUUCUAACUGAGAAAUUUUUGAAACAGCACUGUAAGGACCUAAAACUUUACCAGACUCCUGAGCUCAAUGAUGUGCUUUACCUACAUUACAAAGGUAAAAUACAAAAACAAUGUAUAACCUUGCAAAUUAUUUUCUUUGUAAAAUGCUUAAUAUAUGUCAAGAAAAAUAUUUUUUUUUCAAAAGCCUACCUAUUGCUAUUAUUGGAACCAAAUGUUUUAGAAUGAUGCCUAGCAUAUAGAGUUAUUAUUAAACUAACAUAUUUUCAUGUGUGUAUGUUGGAGAGGUGUGCAUUAGCAUGGGCCUCCCUGCAAGUUUUAAUAAAUGAAUAAAGAUUUAUUUUUUAAUGUAACAUUCUGCACUCAUAACAUCUGCCUAUCUUUUAUUUUUAUAAAUAAGUCAUGCUACUUUUAUUUUUAUUCUCCUAAAGAUAAUAUAAUGUUUGAUUGUAGGAAUAUAUCAAAUUGAAAAUCUGGAUGCAUAUACUGGUCUAAAAUGCCUGUGGCUAGAAUGUAAUGGUAUCAGUAAAAUUGAGAACCUAGAGAAGUUGACAGAGCUGCGAUGUCUAUUCCUUCAACAGAAUCUGAUUAGCAGGCUUGAGAAUUUGGAGGCUUUGCAGAAGCUGGACAAUCUGAAUGUCUCUCAUAAUAUAAUUCAGAAAAUUGAGAACAUUGGUGAGAAAAACUUUGUUAUCUAUUCAGAAAAAAAAGGCACAAGGCAGAGUUGAAAUAUACAAUGAAAAGAAUAAUUUAAUUUAUACAAUUUUCCAAGUAUCAAUUUUCCAAAAAUCAAGACCAUGAAUAAUUACAAUGUUAAUCUCAAUUUAUAUUUGAAUGCACUAAAUAAAUGAUAGAAAUGAAAACUUGAUUGAAAUGGACAUCAUGCCAUUCUUACAUUAUAUUUUUAAAAAAGAUAAUAUUUUAACUAAUUUUGAUUUCACCAGAAUGCUAUUUACAUUGUUUUUCUAAGUUUAUAUUUUAACUUAUUUCAAUUUCUCUUUUUAAAAGUUAAUAUUUUUUAUUUAAAUUUUUUAAAUUACAUGUUAAUGUCAUUCAUCAAUUUCCCUAGCAUGCUUACCAGUUUUAAACACACUGAACAUCUCCCACAAUAAACUUAAGAGUGCAGAAGACCUUUCUGAACUGGUACAUUGUCCAAAUCUAUCCAUUCUUGAUGUUUCACACAACAGAAUUGAUGACCCAAAUGCUAUUGAUGUUCUUGUGAAUAUGCAUAAUUUGGUAUGCUUUUCUUUUAUUCACUUAUAAACAGUUUUUAUUUUAGAAAUGAUCAAUCAUUGCUGCCAAGUUUAUCAAGAUGCCAUAUAGUUUAACUAGAAUUUUAUCAAGCUUUUCAAGACAUUUUAAUAGGCUUGUAGAUUAAUUUUUGAGACAUGGCUUUGUAAAUUAUUUAAAAUUGUGUUACUAAUUUUUAUUUUUUUUUCCCUACAUCCAGCGAGUUCUCAAUUUAAGUGGCAACCCAGUUAUUCAGGAAAUCAAAUACUAUCGCAAAACCCUCACUGUAAAACUGGUAUGAUUUUUACAUUAUUAGCAUAAUUUAAUGCAUAGGUUUAUUUUAUCUAAUAAAGGAGGGAGAAAAAUGCGUUGUUGUAAAGUUCGAUUUUUCAUUUUAAUUUUCUCUAUUUUAGACCUUUGAAAUGUUUAGACUCUUAUUAAAUAAUCUAAACAAAUAUCUCUAAAUAAGGAAAAUACUUUCAUCAAAAUAAAUUAUAUUUUGAAGUAAGCAUCUUUAAUUCAUUGUAAUAGUAGAGAAAUCAGAGCUAUCUUACUUGAUUUGUCUUUGCAAAAAUCUUAAUCCUUGAAGAUGUAGUGUAUAGUUAACCCCAUUUGAUUGCAUACUUAAACUAUGCAAAUCAAUAUCAAUGAUGGUUUUCAGAAUCAUUAGUCAGAGAGCAAAAAUUUCUACUAAGUUUUAAAUGACAAUAGGAUGAGGCAUUGGUUUUAUUUCUUGUUUAGAUAAUACUAUAAAUAAUUAAAUAAUACCAACUCCCCUACAGAAAAACCUUCAAUAUUUGGAUGACAGACCAGUCUUUCCAAAGGAUAGGGCAUGUGCUGAGGCUUGGUAAGAUGCAGACCCAAAGAGCAACAAAUAAGGAAUGGAAAAGUUGCAUAAUUAAUUCAUACAUACACCUUCAAAGGAAUUUUGUAAUAGAUGAAAUGGUUGUAAUGCCUUGAGCUCUCAAUGUGAUAUAUGUUUCAGGAUACACCUUUAAAGGAAUUUUGUAAUAGAUAAAAUGGUUGUAAUGCCUUGAGCUCUCAAUGUUAAAUACAUUUCAGCUGAUUACUUUUUUAAAAAUAUGUAAUAGUUUUUAUAGAAAUAUUGUUAAAAUAAUGUAGACUAGAAACACUUAAUCCUCACUUUCAAAUUUGAAAUAAAAGUAUUUUUACAUUUUGAUAUUUAAAAAAAAAUAUUAUUUAAUCCCCCACUUAUAAAAAAGGAAAAGUAUAAUGUCAUCUUUUUAAGCUGCUACAAUGAUGUAUUAGCCGUAGUCAUGAAUCGUUCAACUUUUUAAUUUCCAAUUAAUUAUUUUUUUUCAUUCAGGGCUGUUGGUGGCCUUGAAGCUGAGAAAGCUGAAAGAGAGAGAUGGGCUACAAAGGAAAGAGAAAAGAUGUUGGAUAGUGUUGAUGGUAUGCUUUUUCAAUUUUAUUUUUAAAAAAAAGCUCAUUUUUUAUUUAAUGUAGAGCAGGGGUGGCCAACUCAAAUGGCAUUCAUGGGCCACUUUGUUCACAAGUCAACAACUCUUUGCAAUGCAAUAAAGAAAAUAAAUACAGAAUAAAUGAUGACACAUUAAUUUAUUUAUUCUUAAUGUCUAUAAUUCUUAGCUGCUAAUGUAUCUACUUGUGCUGCCUCACAUAUAAAUAAAUUGUAGAGAUUUAAAUUGGAAUAUAAAUUUUAAUAUAUUUGUACAGUCCCCAGUUACCAGUUUGACAGAGGAAUUUGGGGUGGGGAGCAGAAAUCAAGGUAGCCAACUGAAGUCUCCCCAGGGAAAGUGGGGAGGGGUUGGAGAGUGAGGCUGAGCGUCAAAAUGAAGGGAUGGAUUUUGGCGAAUACUUAUAUUUAGUUUCGCAUCAUUUUACACUUAACCAGAGAACAACUAAAUGAAAGCUUGUGAAAAUUUUAUGUCCCUUAACCUAGCUGUGUUUAUAUAUAUAAAUCCUUUAAUUUUAUUAAUAAAUAAAUAGUAUUAUUGUUUUAUUUUGGGGUUUAAUAUAACUUAUUUAAAUCAAAAGAGGGGCGGGUACACUGAUAUAGCUCAUACUGUCACAAAAAUGACAGCCCAUAAACAAACUGACAUUGCCAUACAAGGCAUCUCUCGUUUUUCUAUUUGAUUAGAAUUUUUUACAUCAUAAUUAUUUUCUUACAAUAUUUUGUUUACCACAUUUAAUUCACAUCAUUGCUUUUCAAUGUGAUCAUGAUAUUUUAGCUCUCCUACAAAUGAGGAAGAAUACACUGGCUAAGAAAAUUGAAAAUGAACUAAACAAAAAAAAUGAAAGUGAAGGAAUCACCGAAAAGGUGGAGGUUGAUGUUGAUUCAAUUGAUUGGCUGUAUGGUACUUACAAGGUCAAAGGGGAUGACACCAUCUAUAAGAGGGCUAGUGAGGAGGAGAUCCCUGAAAGCAAAGAUUUGGAAGUUCAACAGGGUGGAAAGUUAGAACAAAAAGGUAAAUAACUCCUAAGAUUAAAAGAAGAAAUGGUUAACAGACCCAAUGAAACUCUUAAGUACCAUAUUCAAAACUUAUAAUGUUUUAAUAGAUGUUGUCCAGAAUAUAAGAAAUUAUACAUUUUUUUCUGAGGAUAAAGCACAACUAAAGCAAGUAUAAAUUUUUAUUUUUUGAAAAUUUUAUCACAAUUAAUGGUUGUUUGUUAAAAACUGCAUGUAAUAAGUAUCACACAAUUCUGUGGCGAUUACAAAGCUUGGAGCCUAUGUUAGCUUGAAAUUAUUUAAAAUAAAUGUUUAUGUAUAUAGAGUUAUCUAAACUCAUAACUUAGUCCAGAGAAAAGGAAAAUGACAUUAACUUAUAUAUUUACGCCCAUUUAUACAUGACACCCGUUAGUAAUCAAGUAAUAUUUAUUAAAUGUCACUUCCUUUCAUAAGAAAAAUUAAUUGCCAUUAAAAAUUUGAAAUAAGGCUAGAAAAUCCAAUGAGGAUGUUAAUCAUUUAAAAUAUUUUUAUGGUUCAAUUUAUCUUAGUUUCAAUAAUAUAUUCAGAAAUGAGCAAGAGUUCCCCAAAGACAACAAGUUUGGGAAAUUUGUCAGAUGCAACUAUGGAGGAACUUGAAGUAAUCACCCCACAAAGUAAAGAUAAGGGGGAGGACGAAGAGGAUAGUGGAAUAUUCUCACAGAGAGAGUCCAGCCGUCUUGUUAUAACUGCCUUAGAAGAAGGCAAGUUGGUUCUAGCUUGUAAAUACUUUUUAACUGGUUUACUACCAUAGCUGGGAGCGGCGGGGCGUUUCUUUUGUUAUGGCAACGAGAUGCUGGAAAUGCCAACGCUUGUAUGGUAGUCAACGUGACCUAGAUUUAAUUUGGCCACAGCUGGUUUUUCAAUCUGGUAGCUAAUAAGUUAAGUAAACCAGUUAAAGGAGCUUAAAGAGUUUAUAUAUGAUUCUUUGUCCUUGAAUUAUCAUAUGUUUUUGUUUAUAAAAAACAAAAACAUUUUUAAUAAAUUAGACAUUGAAAUGGUUUAGACCAGUGUGUCCAAACCUUUUUUUGCACUGUGCUGCCCCUGAGCACCUAGAAAAAAUUUAAUGCCCCCCCACACUCCAUAGCAGAAAAUCUACAAUGAGGAAAAGGGGAUCUCCCUGCCGUCAUCAGAAUUAUUUAAUUUAAAUGUUGCCCCUGUUUAAAACUUGAAAUUUAACAUUGAAAAAUAAAACCUACAAUAAGUAAAACUCAUUUAAAUUGCAAUAAAUGACAAACAAAUUUUCGUUAUACAUUUAUAAAUUAUAUACGAUUCUCAGUGUGGUUGCAACCCCCCCCCCACCCCAAUCUUCAGAUGGGACCUAUGCCCCAUCCCAUGUUGGGAAACACAGUUUUAGAAUGUUUUUGUAGUUACUAUAAUAUAAUUAUGGGAAAAAAUUAUACAUUAUUAUUUUGAAUAAAUAAAAUUCCAAAGUAUAACUGAAUAUUUACUCAUUCUGCUUAAUUUUCUUUUUUUAAAUUGCAUGUGAAUUUAUUUUGUUAUUAACAGGCCUUUGUUCAAAAUUCUCUUAAACUAAUAAGAAAUGAGCAUUAAUUUUUCCAGUGUAUAAAUAUUGUACAAAUGAGUUCAUUGAAAAUAUUUUUCGACAGAUGAAAAUGCUGAAAGGGAUGAGUUUGAGGUAUGUGAUUCUCACUUGAGAAUUUAUCUUAGUAUUCUUAGUGAUAUUUAAACAUUAAUCUAAUGCUGUUGUAAGUAAGUGUAAGGUUUUCUUUCCCAAAUGGCUUUCAUUGCAAAUGCUUCACUCCUAGGAUUUGCCUGACCUAGAAGAUGUGGAGGAUGUUGAUAAGGUCAACAAUAAUCAAGAAACACUUUCUCGUCAAAGUGAAACAGAAAAGGUGAGAUUAUUCUGAUUGAUUUCUUUAAAAAUCAGCUUUUUGAAAUAUUUGUUAAAAUUUAAAUGUUAAUUUCUUAAAAUUAAAAUGUACUUUCUUAUUACUGAUUAAUAUCUAAAUGAAAAGUGUUCUGGACAAUUGAAAGUUUUAAAAAAAAAUAAUUCUUACUUAUAUUUCAUUUUAAAAUAAAAAUAAUGUCCUUAGUAUAUAUUUUUCCUAAAUAUAAAGAAAUGAGGGCACUAGACUAAUUAAAAUAUUUUUUUUUAAAUGAGGAAACUAGACUAAAUAUAAAGAAUGAGGGCACAAACUAAAUAUAAAGAAUGAGGGUACUAACUAAAUAUAAAUAAUGAGGCUACUAAGUGUAUGGAAUGAGUGCACUAGUUGUUUACCACAAUAAAAAUGACAGGGAUGAAGGGAAAACUGUUAAAAAAUUAAUGCAAUUUCAUUAAAAAAUAUGAAAUGUAAUAUACCCCUGAAAUAUAGUCCUGAAUCAAUAUUUGAAUAUUUUACAAAAUAAUGCAUGCAAUUAAUUAUAUAUUCAUGAACGAGUCAAUUUUGAUAAUCAAGCCUAGUAAAAAAAACUUAUUUAUAAACAUUAAACACACUUCCUGUGCAUCAAUUCUAAGAAUGUUUCAUUAAUUAUGAACAUAAUACCUGCUGGAAAUUUUAUGUAUCUGAUUGGCAAGUUUUAAAUAGAAAAUGUAUUAUUUCACUACACAAAUUGUAGUGUUGCACCGAGUCAAAAUUAGCACUAAAUUAACCAGAACCAAAUCUCAUUAAAUCGGCAGCCUUACAGACCAUUGAUUGAAAUAGUAGAUGAUGAAGAAGAGGAAAAACAGGACCUACCAGAAGAUAUUAAUGCACUUGAAGAACCAUCAGCCAAACAGUUUUUCAGCUCACCUCUCCACUCAUCAUCAAAGCAGAAAAAAAUCCUGAUCGAGGACAUAACAGUUAGUGUUUCAGAUGAGGAGAUGUCAGGCAGCAGCUUCACUGACAUAUCUGCAUGUGUACUGGAGGAUAAUGAGGAAUCUAAACCAACCUGUGAAGAAGGCAUUUCUAAAAUACUGAUUACAGAAAUUACCCAAGAAGUUGAAGAACCCUUGACGGUGUCCAGCCCUGGUGGGGAUAAAAUAACCAAAUCAAAAAUAUUAAUAACAGAGCUUGUGAAUGGAGGAGACAGUGGUCAGGAAGAUCAGGGAGAAGACCUUUCACAUGUUGACCAAAAAGACUCAUCUAACAUUUCAAAUACAGGAUUGAGACAAACGGGAGAUGAAUAUCUGAGCUGCACAGAAGAGAAAUCAAACCAGAAUGCACAUUUAGUCAGAAGUGAUGAUGAUGAGCAAACCAGGAGACCAUCAGAUCCAGUUUCAGAGAGUCUUUUAAACGGUCUUGGCACAAUAGCUGACUGCAAGAUAAGCAAAGAGGGAGUGAUUAAUUACACAGCACCAAGCAUAAUUGAUGAUUGUGAUGAGGACAGUAGGCAAAUGGAUGAAGAGCUGGAAGGCCUGGACUAACAGUAAUAUUGUGAUAACAAUUGUUGAUGAUAAUUAUUAUUCAGCAAAUGUGAGUGGUAGAUCAGCGGCUCUCAACCUGUGGGUCGCGACCCCUUUGGGGGUCGCGGGACCCUUUUCCAGGGGUCGUCUAAGACCAUCUGAAAACAUAUAUCAUUACAGUUAUGAAGUAGCAACGAAAAUAAUUGUGUGGCUUGGGGGUCGCCACGACACGAGAAACAGUAUUAAGGGGUCGCGGCACUAGAAAGGUUGAGAACCACUGGUGUAGAUCAAGAGUGUUGUAUCUAACAUAGUUAUCAAUGAGGUUAAUUUAAGCUGAGUCAGUCUUUUUGGCUUUUAAAAAAUUUAAAAAGACAAUAAGUAUCCAUCUAUUAUAGGGUACUGCAUUUAGAAAUUUGCAAUUUGAAGCUUUGCGAAACUAAACUUUAUUUAUCAAUACUUCAUAUUAAUUAAGAGUCUCUAUGUUCAACUUAAUCAGAAUAUUGUUUCAUGAACGUUAAUGCCUUUAGAGUUUAACAAUAACCAUCUGCUUGUAUAUUGCCGUUAAUUAUUAAUAUUAUCUAAAGGAACUUGCAAUUUUUGGAACGGUGCUCUAGCUCUUAACUGUAUGAGAAUUAAUAUAAUUUUUUGUAUUGUUACAGUAUCGAUUGACAGUAAAUCACCUAAAUCCCCACCAUACCUCAUAGUGGAACACUUUCGUGAGGGUAUAAAAAAAUCUGCUGAACUAAGCAAAUUAUAUCAUUUGCCACAACUAAAGUAAUCUAUUAUGGACUUAAUAAUAUAUGAGAAUGUACCCAUGUACAUAUAGAUAUAAUGUCUGAGUUGAAAUGAUACAUUUUUCUAUUUGGAAGCAUGAAUGUGUUUGUGUUUGAUCCUU